AUGAUCUAAUGUGGUUAAAAUAUAUUUCAGAAAAAUGUUAGCAGAAGCAAAUUAAAUUUCAGAUUUACUUAAACAGAGGUCAUUUUAGCAGCAGCUGCAGUUAUGUCGGUCAGAUUUAAAUUUAAAAAUGAUCUGGACUUUCAUUCGGUUCCUUGCGACGGUCUUAACAUCUCCGUCAAGGAUUUAAAGCGCUCGAUCGUUCGACAGAACAAGCUCGGGAAAGAAACUGAUUUCGACCUCCUGAUCUCGAACUUUACAACGGGGCAGGUGUACAACAAUGAGGCCGAGCUCAUCCCUAAGAACACAACCGUGACCGUCCAGCGCUCACCGCUUACCGACGGCAAGAAGAAGGUUUGGGAGGAAGAUGUGUUCAGCUCGGCGCUGAAACAGCAGUCGGGGAUGCAGGCCAAGGUCGUUAUGCAGUCCAGUGCGUUGAAUAUCCCUGCCAUGUUGAGAUUGGGGGAAGGUGGAGAAGGAGGGGGUGGGGGAGGGGGAACCGAAGAGGAUAAAAUCGACAGUAUGAUCAGUAAUUCGACUGAGAUGUACAAAGAAAUCAACUGGACCAAGUACAAAGGACAGAAAUCUCUGCCCGAGGGUGCAAAGCCUCCUGCGCACUGGAAAUGCCCGAAAUGCGCACAAAAUCACUGGGUUUCUGAUUGCCCAUUCGGGAACACGGACCUGAAACGGAGCACAGGAAUCCCGAGGAGCUUUCUUCACUUUUCAGAGGACAAGGACGCACAGGGGGCUAAAAUUAAUCCACAAGGAAUGAUCGUAGUGACAGAGAUGGAGCAACAGGCCUACAGCGAGAAGAAGGUGGAGAAGAGCCCCUGGGUGGCAGACGAUAGACCCAGUGCUCCUAAGAUAAAAAUCCCGGAUGAGUUAAUCUGUCCAAUCUGCAAUGAUAUUCUAAACGACGCUGUGAUGAUGGCUUGUUGUGCAGGUGGUGCCUGUGAUGAGUGUGCCAGGGAUAGAAUAAUAAACUCAGAAGGAUCCAUCUGUCCCCUCUGCAAGGAAGUUGCCAACCCUGAGGAGAUGAUACCGUAUAGACUAUACAGAAACAAGGUUGAUAGAUUCCAGAACCAGACUGGGUAUACUAAACAGACUAAACCCCCUCCAUCUAAUCCAAUCUUGGAUCCAACUAAAUACCUAGGUAUAAAACCCUCUCUGCCUGAUAUUAUUCUACCAGAUCCUAAUGAUGUUAAGUUUGACAGCCUCAUCAGACGAAAGGGAGCUGAAGCUGUGUCGGCGCCUAAUCUAAACUUUACACUCGUAACACAGGAUGCUUCAAAAUCGAGAAUUAUCUUACCUGAACUUUUCUCUCAGAAGGAUUUAUUUUCUCCUAGACAGGAAACCUCUCACCCCUCUCCCCUUACUCAUCCUUCCCCCCUUACCCAAUUCUCCCCUCUCUCCCAUCCCUCACCCGCUUCCCAGACUUCUCCUCGUCUUGAUCAGUCACAGGAGAGUGAAAAGGUUGUUGAAGAUACUCGGUCUGUUGUCUCCUAUUCUCCAGGUGGAUCCUCCCACCCUGGUUCUCCAGCUAGACAGUCCCCAACUAGAGGAAUGGGCGUGUCCCCUGGUCCCCACCCAUCCUCCCCCAGGAGGGGUAGAGAAAACAGACGAGACUCCUUCAGGGAGGACGGAUCUUCUGAAAGGAAAAAGUUGACACCAGGACGGGAUGCCAGAUACGAUCAUGAGCAGAGGAACGCUUCGCCACCCGAGCACCGGCGAGAGAAAUCUGUAUCUCCGGCUCGUCGCCGCAGCAGAUCUCAUUCCCCUCGACGGGCCCCAGCAGAAUACCGCCGUGAAAGUCCAGCUGGUGUCGGAGCCCCGCCGAGACCUCAUCCAUCUGAGAUAAAUUUGGCGGUUCCCCCGCCACUUUUCAUGCCUGGACAACUUCCUCCUGGCCAUUUACCCCACGGUGUUCAUCUGCAGCCUGGAGUUCAGAUACAUCCUGGAGUCCAUCAUGCACCCUACCCCUCCUCCUAUACUAAUCCAGCUCCAGUUUUGACGUACGAUCCUGUUGCGAUAUUUAACGCUGCUAUGGUCCAGAUGGAUCGAAGGAGAGGAAGAUCACCUCCACGAAGGUUGUCUCCACCUAAGGCAUACAGGGAUCGGGCUCGGCCGAGAUCUAGAUCAAGGGAACGAUAUUAUUACAGGGACAAAUACAAGGGUGGACGGUCUCCUGAAAGGUACAGGUAUAAGGAGAAUACUUCCUCACGUGCGCCCGCACGCCCUACACCUCCACGACAAGGAGGGCGCAGUUCAGUUCCUAAAGAUCCGCAGAAUAGGAAGUCUACUCCAACAGUGGACGAACACUGGGACGUCGAUGAUCGGCACCCAGCUGGGGAUAGUCGACGAUAUGACGAGAAAGAUCGCCGAGUCGAGGUCGACGAUCGUCGAUUUGACGAAAGACAGCAUGUGCCUUCGUGGAGAGCGGACGAAAUGGCUCGUUACGACGAGACUGCUCGAACAGACGACUACGCGCGAGGGAGAAAGGCAAAAGUUGGCGAGGAACGGUUUGAGAGACGCGACCCUAAAGAAAGAUUGGAAACACGGGAUAAGGAUUACAGGCAUAAAGAUACAAGAGCUUAUCAGAAGGAGUACAGAAGUUACAGCAGAACAGAGCAUAGUGUGGAACUCAGAAAAGAUGAACAUCAGAAGGUUGAUUAUGGGAAGGAUGAUGAAACCAGAACUCCAAGUCUAAGCCUUAGUCCUGGAGACGGCAGGUCUGCGUCCAGGGUUGGAGAGGAGGUUGUCUACGAGGACGAAAUUCAAGAAGAAAGAGCUAAACUUCGUAUCAAAGGAGACGUAGAUGAUAAAAAGGAGAGGAAGAGUAAAAAGAAGAAGAAAAGGGAUGAUGAUAACUCAGAAGAUGAAACUAGGAGAAGAAAGAGGAAGGAGAAGAAAGAGAAGAAGGAAAAGAGAAAGGAGAAGAAAAGAGGGAAUGAUGAGGAGAAGUUAGAACACGCUAGGGCAGAGUCAAAGGAGGAUGACAAAAAAACUGAUGAAAGAGCAUUUAUUGAGAAGGAACCAGGAGACCUCUUAGAACCUGGCCAGCAGAAGCUCCAGGAGCUCCUGGAGACUAAGGAGAUUGUUGAACAGGAGAAGGAGGUGGCGGAGGAGAGCAAAGAAGGAGCAGAUGCUGAUGAUAAAUCAAGGAUAGAACCUGAAAUAGAACCUGAACCAGAAAUUAAUCCUCGGUUUAAGAAUUCCUUUAAUGAAGUUAUAAAUCUACCAACCCUGGUCUUUGACAGGCACACAACAAAACUUUCUAUUAAGGAUAUGAGUGAACCUACGCCAAAUGAACCCAGUAGCGAACUUAAAACAGAAUCCAGCAGUAAUCUUCUAUCCUAUUCAUCUUAUAAUAUUUCUACUUUGCAGAAGAGAGGAAAAGUUUCCCGUGUACCAAGUCCUAUGUUAAAGAAAACAAGUCCAGUUAAGCCUGAAGAAAGUCCAGUCAAAGAGGAAAGUCCAGACAAGAUGGAUAGUUCUGUUAGAGCAGAAAGUCCACUUGUCACAGAACUUGUCAAAUCUCAGGAUAUAUUUGAGCCCGACAACCCUCUAGUAAAAAAUGAGAUGGACCCAGAUUUUGCCAAAGAUCUAGAUGUUUUUAAAUCUCGUUUGGAUCAGAGUAAACAAAAGGAGUCAAGAAUGAAGGAUGAAGAUGGAAAGCUGAAAGUUGCUGAACCAGAUUCCACAAUAGAGGACUCCACUCAUCUUCAACUCCAUGCAGAGGGUUGGGAGGACGAAGAGUCCAGAUUGGUUAAAACUUCUCCGACCCUGCUGAUCAAAGCGUUGAACAAUAUAAAGGAGAACAAGGAACCCGGAGCUAAGAGACGGAAAGUUGAGGCAGGGGUAGACGAUGGGGUGGAGGAAGAAAAGAAAAAGAAGAAAAAGAGAAAGAAGAAAGAAGCAGGCUCUGAUAAUGACAGCGGAAAUGAAAAAGAAGAGAAAUGGGAGGGUUCUGAGGGUGAAACAGACGGCGAGAAGAGAAAGAAAAAGAAAAGGAAGGACGGGAAGAAGAAAAAGAAGAAGAAUAAGAUUACUGUUGAUACUAAAAUUUUAAAGAAAUUGAUGAAACUGAACACGAUGAACAAGGAUGAACUGGAGGAGUUUGUCAACAAGAACAAGAAGAAGAAGAAAAAGAAGAAGGAAGACAGAGAUGAUUCCGAAGACAGAGAGGGAUCUAGAUUAAAAGAAAAAGAGAAGAAAAGGAAACAUAAAGACUUAAUUGAUGGAAAGAAAUCUGAAGACGGUUUUAGUUCGAAACGAUCAAAGGAACGUUCUUACAGUUCGAAAAGGUCGAAAGAAAGAUCUGGCAGUCGAUUACGAUCCCGUUCUCCAAAUAAAAGGUCAAGAUCUGUCUCUAUAGAGGAGGUGGGUAGUGGGGAGAGACAGAUAAAAGAGAGAGAGGUUCGCAGUGUCAAGGAACGGCUGGGAAGAAGAGAAGGGUCAGCUGGAUUAACUAUUCAGGUUCGCCUCGACAAUAAUCCUGUAGAAAAGGAGAAAGGUCGUCUUUCGUCUGUUGUUCAGAAGAAAUUGAACGAAAGGCGAGAAAGAUCGGCAGAGAAAUCUCGGCCAAGAAGUCGAAGUCGGGAUCGACGAAGGAGAUCGAGAGACCGUUAUAGAUAGAUGGACAGUUAAGAUUGGGAUCGUUAUCUAGUGGAAGCACCGGUAGAGAAUGACAAUACUACAGUUUAAUCAAAUAAAAGUUGCGUAUAGUACACCACUGUUUUAAAACCCUAGAUAAAUCCCAAAAAAAUGCGUUAAACGUGAUCUAAGAAUAAAUAAAACAUUUGUCCUCCCCCCCACACCUUGUAUUAUUAAUUAUAACUGAAUUAAAUUUAUUUAUUCUAAUCCCGAUGUACUUGUGUUUCUGUAUCACCUCAAUUAUCAGUCAAUGUUUAAUAAAUUAAUUUUGUAAAAUUUCUGUUUCAGA